CACACGAUAUUGAUGCUUAAUUUUUUUGUUUGACAUGAAAAUUGGAUUACAAUCUUGUAACAUGACUUUUUGGAUUUGGUAUCUUUUUGAAAAAGGGGUGAAAUAUCAAAAAUGCUAAACCGAUCUGCUUUGAAGACAUGCUCGUUCGUUUUCAUCGGAAUUAAUGCUGUAAUUUUAACAUUAUUUUGUGUUCUAGAACCAGGUGUAAAUGUCAAGUGGUACCAGAGAUGUACAACAGAACCGAGAUUAAGCCAUACCACUCUAAACCCUGGAAAAUUCAGUGAAAGAAAACUGCAGAAAAGCUCUAUACAGACAGUACUGGGAAGUGUGGAGCAUGAAAAUAAUUCAAAAAUUUGGUUCAAGCAAAUAAAUAAAAUUCAACAAGAAGCUAAAAUGCACAGCGCCGCUGAGGCUAUGAAAACCAGAGUACAGGUGGUACAAGACAAAUGUGAAAACCACUUGAAAAAUCUUUCUUCUUUUGGGAUCAAAGGUUCCAUUUAUUCCAUUCCAGAGAAAAUAAAUUAUUGUGAAACUCCUAAAGUCGGAUGUACAUUUUGGAAGUCCGUGUUGCGAUUUCUGGCAAGAGAUUAUCCAAUAGGAAGACAGGUCCAAAAACCGUCCGAUAUUGACCGAAUGUAUGUUCAUUUUGGUCCGUGGAAAAAUAUUAAGCGAUAUGGGAAUAAUGCUAUAAAAAGAGGAGUUUUGACGACGGGAUACAACCUUAUGUUUGUUCGCGAACCUUAUUCAAGACUAUGGUCGGGUUACCUAGACAAAUUUUAUUUACCUGAUUACUGGCAAAGUGGCGGACCAAAAUUCAGACAUAUAAGCAAAAAAGGUUGUAUUCAGAACAUUUCAUUCGAAGAAUUUUUAACUUUUAUAGCAGAAAAUCCUGCUACAUUGAAUAUUCACUGGACUCCAUUUUACCGGUUGUGUAACCCAUGUCACGUGAAAUAUGAUGCCAUUGGUAAAAUGGAGACAUUCAGUAAAGACAGUAAAUUUAUUCUUAACAAGCUAGGACAUGACAUGUUAGUAGAUGAUAAACAGAACAGUUCGAAAUCCAGAGCGAAGGAAGAAAUUCGUACGCUUUCUAAAUACAAUUUCAGCUUCAAAAACAACAGUUGUUUCUUCCACAAAUUGAUUGCAAAAAGGUUGUGGUCGGUCUUUCAGAUGAAUGGCUAUAUUCAAAAGAAUAUACCCUUUCCGCUUGAAAUGUUUAGCGAUAAGAAUUUUUAUUUAGGCUCGGAUAAUACAACCUCGGUGUUUAUAAAGUACGCUUUUAAGGCAUUAGACAGUCAGACAGUUUCAGAUCAUGACCUGAAAGAGCAAAAACAUCAAUACAUGAUAGAUGGAUACAGGACAAUACCAAUGUCGCUUCUGAACCAAAUUCGGAAACUGUUCCAGACCGACUUUGAAUUAUUCGGCUAUGAUGCAGAGCCUGCUGAGAUAUUUUCGCGUCCGUUUGUGCAACAAUACAUGAUAACAGAAUAGCAGUUGGUUUUGUCAAUAAAAUACAACACAAGAGGGCCAAAUGGUGGUUUUUACAAGAUUUUAAAGUUUUCCCUGUAGAAGUCUAUAUAAACCAUAUGACCCCCCAGGGCGGACCCAUAUUAGACGCCAGAGGGAUAAUUUGAACAAUCUUGGUAAAAGACUACUAUACGAAGCUACAUACCAAAUAUCAAAGCCCUAGGCCAUGUGGUUUUGUACAAAGCUUUCCCUAUAUAACUCUAUAUUAACAAUGUGACCCCUAGGGCGGUACACCACAUUUUAACCCUACUGAUAUAAUUUGUAUACUCCUAGUAGAGGCCCACUAGAUGAUGCUACAUUUAUACAGUAUAUUGACUCUGAUAUCACCCAAGGGAGUUCAAGUUGUUUUGUUUUGUUUUUUUUUUGUUUUUUU